CAUUGAUCUUACUGGUCCCAGUCUGAAGACAUCUUUGACUCCUGCUCUCUGAAUAAUUUUAUUCGUUCUAAGUAACAUAGGGUGGAUGAAAUGUUUGCUGCUGCUUUCUUCAUCUUGUCUUUGAUGACUUGUCAGCCUGGGGUAACCAUUCAGGAGAAGGUGAACCGGAGAGUAAGCCGGGCUGUUCAGAACUCCAGUCCCAGAGCCGUUAGCUGCCAGCUCAGUCACUGGUCAGAGUGGACGGACUGCCUACCAUGCCAGGACAAAAAGUACCGACACCGGAGCCUCCUGCAGCCCAACAAGUUUGGGGGAAACAUGUGCAGCGGCGACAUCUGGGAUCAAAUCAGCUGUCACAGUCCCACAGCUUGUGUAAGUCAUGCACAGUGUGGAGAGGAUUUCCUGUGUAAGGAGACAGGUCGCUGCCUGAAACGCCACCUGGUGUGUAACGGAGACAAUGACUGCCUUGACGGCUCUGACGAGGAUGACUGUGAAGAUGCCAGGGUCCCUGAAUUUGACUGCUCCCUGUAUGACCCCAUUCCAGGAUCAGAGAAAGUGGCCUUGGGGUACAAUAUCCUGAUCCAGGAAGAAGCCCAGAGCGUGUAUGAUGCCAGGUAUUUUGGGGGCCAGUGUGAGACAGUCUACAAUGGGGAAUGGAGGGAGCUUCGAUAUGACCCCGCCUGUGAGCAUCUUUACUAUGGAGAGGAUGAGAAGUACUUCCGGAAACCGUACAACAUCCUCAUGUACCACUUUGUGGCUCUGGCAGACACCAGACUCUCCUCAGAGCUGCACGAAGAUGCACAUGACCUCCUUUCUAAAGUAAAAAAUGACAUAUCAGUGUCGGCCGGAGUGACUGCAGGUGUGGGCCCCGUAGGCAGUCCUGUGACCGUGGAUGUGGGUGCAUCUGGGUCACGAGGCUCUUUGUUCUUGAAGGAGUUAAACAAGUAUAAUGAGAAGACAUACAGCUUCAUGAGAAUUUCCACAAAGGUGCAGACUGCUCAUUUUAAGAUGAGGAGGGACAAUAUUAUGCUGGAUGAAGGCAUGCUUCAGUCAUUAAUGGAGCUCCCAGAGCAGUACAAUUAUGGCAUGUAUGCCAAGUUCAUCAAUGACUACGGCACUCAUUACAUAACGUCUGGAUCGAUGGGCGGCGUUUAUGAAUAUAUCCUGGUAAUUAACAGAGAGAAAAUGAAAUCACAUGAUCUUACCAUCACAGAUAUCAAGACAUGCUUUGGAGGUUUUGUGGGCAUUGAAUAUGACUAUUCAGACCGUUUAAGCAUUGGAGGGCAGUUAUCAGGGGGCCACUGUAGAAAAUUCGGAGAAGGCAAUGAGAUAAACAACUUGAAGGCCAUGGGUGUGGAAGACAUCAUUUCUCGGGUGCGAGGUGGCAGUUCUGGCUGGGGCGGUGGCUUGUCUGAAAACAGUAGCACCAUUACAUAUCGUUCCUGGGGGAGGUCAUUAAAGUAUAAUCCUGUUGUUAUUGAUUUUGAGAUGCAGCCCAUCCAUGAGGUGCUGAGGCACACUACCCUGGGGCCCCUGGAGACCAAACGCCGGAACUUGCAGCUAGCUUUGGACCAGUACAUGAUGGAAUUCAACGCCUGCCGCUGUGGGCCCUGCUUCAAUAAUGGGGAGCCCAUCCUCCAGGGCACCAGCUGCAAGUGCCAAUGCCCCAUGGGUCGCAAGGGCUCUGCCUGUGAGAAAAUGGAGGAAGAGGGAGCCAAGGCGGAUGGUCGCUGGAGCUGCUGGAGCUCCUGGUCUGCCUGUAGAGCAGGCACCCAGGAGAGGAGGAGAGAGUGCAACAACCCCGCACCCCAGAACGGAGGCGCUUCGUGUCCGGGGGGAAAAGUGCAGACCCGGGCUUGCUGAGGGCCUCUGCGCACCGAUGCCAUUGAUGUCACCCCCUGCACCGACUGCUGGAUAAAGACUUCCUUCAGCUGAGGGAAAAUGCAAAUCGACAUGAACUUUUUCUCUGUUCUGCCAACUCCUGACCCCAGGACCAGACCGCACCAUCUACAAGCCACUAACCGUCCUAUUACUCUAGUCAUUAGACAACCGGGUGCUGGGGGUUAACUAGGGGUUGGGUCCUGCUCACAGCACUUCAGAUCUUCUAGAAAACCAAAACAGCAAGGGAGAAAUCUCAAUCCAUGCCUUAGAGGGAUUUAUGGGACGUUAUAGAGGUAUGAGGCCAGCAGGUGUGGUUGAAACCGUCAAUGGCCAAUAAAACAAAGUAUGAUGAGAAUUGUUUCAGUUCUUUAAGUACAAUAUUUGUUCAUUCGUAGAACCAUUCCUAGUUGACAGAAUAAGCAGGCACACUAAAAUAAUGAGAAAAAAAUGAAGACUGACUUGAGUUUCUUCGAUUUUCCUUCACCCGGAUUCAACAGUAUCUUCCUUUAUUCCGUCACUUUAUCUCUCUUGGUUAAGUUCUUACCACAGAUAACAGAUUUCCCUCAGUCAUCAUCUCAGGGCACACUACCCUCUUCCUUCAUUGCAUUUUUUCACACUUAAUAAUUCUAUACCAACUGCCAUUAUGCCCUGUUACUAUUUAUGCCUUUUCUCCCCUGGGACGGUAAUUGUGAGUGAUCAGCUUUGUUGGCUGGAGCGCUGUAUCUGGAGAGGCCAGCCCUGCGCCUUGAAUUGGGAGGGACCUAACAAGCGACCUUAGGAUGAAGUGAGGGGCUGACCUCAAGAGUCAGUUCAGACAUGCGGUCCAAAUGGGUCAAAUCCCGAGACUGGAGCGGGAUCCAGAAGGGCCAACCAAUGCUGAUCAGUGUACUUUCCCUGUCACCUCUGGGAAAGCCAGGAGCACCAGCCUGCCUUGGUAUUCCCACAGCACUCCAGUCAUGCCUCAAAUAGAGAACGAGUUGUGUUUCACUGACGUUUCUGUUUACCUCUAAUUUUCUCCUAUAGGUUGAGAGCUCCUUGGUGGUGGACUCUGCAUUUCCAAUAGAGACAAAAAAAAACAAAACCUGUUGAUUGAUAUAUAUUGAUGUUCCCUGUCUUCCCAGGAUCCUCAGUCUUUUUAUAGUAAUCAUAAGACAUAAAGAUAUGAAACAACAAGAAGGGGUUUUAGGGACACAGGGAAUUAAUUGCUGAGUUAAUGCCAAAAUAAGUGUCCAAGGAGGCCAGGUGGGAGAGAGAUUUAGUUUCCUUGGGUGGUGUGUGCAUUUUAUAUAUGGAAUGGGGCUUGAUCCGGACCUUGAAGGUUUUUAAGCUAGGCAAAGAAGGAGGAGCCCUUUAAGACAGAAAUUCAGCACGUAACAAAAUUUGAAGGUGAGAAAGAACCUCGGAGGGGGGACGCGCAGGUGCACGUGUUAAGAAUGGAGAGUGGGGAAGAAGGUGAAAGUAAAUAUGUCAUAUAAAACAGCACAGUGCCUGUGGCACGUGGAAUUAUUAGCAUCACUCUUAUUAUUACUAUUGUAACUAUUAUUAAUUAAAACAGAGUUUGUAAGUUUCA